AUGGCUUUCACCAUUAGCCAGUAUACCUUGCUCCCUUCCUUACCUUCUCUCCACCAAAAUACAACCUUUUCUCUUCAGUCUCGCCAGAAACCCACCACAUGUUCACACAGAUUGCCUGUAAUUCAUUGCUCAAUAAACCAGAACAACAACCAAACUCUCAGAACAUGCAAGAACUGCAAAACCCAGUUUGACCCUUUUCUUAACCACCCUCGAGCUUGUCGCUUCCACACUGCCCAUUUUGGAGGGGAAACAAAGAGGAAGUUUGAGAGUGUAUAUACUGGAGGCACUAUGAAUACUCCUGAUGCUGGCCAAGUUUUUCAAUAUUGGCAUUGCUGUGGGUCUGAAGAUCCCUUUGAUCCAGGAUGCACUGCUGCUCCUCAUUCCUCCUAUGAUGACUGA